UUUCGCGAUUACAAGCAUGGCGGAGCAGACGAAUAAUUUGGCUCGUUUACACAUAGAUCUACGUUUACAUGUCAAAUAUUUAAUGAAAACCAACUUUAUUAGAUAUAUCCAAGCGCACAUUUGGUACUCUUAUCAUUGUAAACAAUAUUGGAGACUAUUGCAAGGAGCCACGGAACUUAUUACAGGUUAUUCAUAAUUUUUUUUUUUUUUGCAUCAUUACGACUUACGUAUCACAGGUGCUAAAUUGGGUCAUGAAGUUGAAUACAUAUGGGUCCAUUUCAGAUAAAUGGAAAAAAUAACGUCCGUCACAAUGCGAAAAAUCAGAAUGAGAAUUUUACAUGAAUUUUCAUGUUUUUAGGUAAAAUAAUUAUUCGACUUUCAAUAUAUAACUGAGAAAAGAUAGUUUGUCCAUUGUUUUUAAUAAUUUUAGCAAUAAUAUAAGACCCUGUAAUUGUGACGGGUGUUAUAUUGACAUCAUUUCCUUUAUGCAUUUUGACAUUUCUACUGAUUUUUUUAAAGCAAUUAUUGAAUUUAUGAAAGAAUCCAGGUCAUUUUACUUGUAAACAUAUUUGUAUUAAAUGUAGAUCUAGCACUUUUAAUUUACCUUAUAUCAUCUUUUUUCUACCAAGUGACGGUUGGUACUAUUUUUUACUGAAUUUUAUGUUUCUGGCAUGUUAUCACUCACUAAAUUGACACAACCAACAAUCCUAUUCCACAAGUGUAUGCACAACUUCAAAGUACAUAAUUAAAGCAUCAUUUGAUUAACUCUACACGGAUGUUACCUUUGACAGUUUGACUUGUACAAGUUUGAGCGGACGUUGCAUUUGACAUUCUGUUUAUCAAUGCACUGCAUGUACUCUAUGUAGUCACUUUAUAUCAAUGAAAAAAAAAUUGAAUGGUACUACUAUAUAUAUUAAAGCAAAAUGUACAUAGUUUAUCUUAAGCUUUCUAUAUAUGCACCCGUUGGUUAUUAAUCCUCCUCCUCCAAGUGCUAGUUGGCUUUGUAACACAUUAUUAAGGCGAGUGGUGUGAUGCAUACAUGCUCAUAUUAACCAGGCUCUACUUAAGAAUGUAACCUGGGGGUUCCAACUAGUGUAGUUUAAAAAAAGAGAACUAAAAGAAAGUAAUUCGACACAAAAAUCAAUUUAUUUUACUUUCUUCAAAACUUUUCACAAAUGACAUUCUUCCAUGGAAGGUCAUUGUGCAAGUUGAGAAUUUCUUCUCAUAGUUUAAACAUCGAAAUGGGUAGGUUUAUCAACAUUCUAAGAAAGGACCGAUUAUGCACAAAAUGCGUAUCUAUUUACCAUUGAAAAUGAAAUACAUUUUCUUCAUAACAUGUGAAAAAAUGAUAACGAAAAAAAAUUUAGUUGUAUUAUCAAAAAUAUCCAAAAUUGUCCACUUUAGAUAAUAAACAAAAACUAUUAUGGCUACUCAUCAUUGUUGUAAUUCUCUCGCGUUUGUCUAUUUUUACUCUGAAUUAGAAAUGAAGUAUUCUAUUCUAUGCAAGGGAUUGGUUGGGGAAGGAUAAUAAUAUUUUUGCUAUUUGGGGCCCCUUCAACCCCCACUCCCUUCAAUAAAAUGUUCUAGAUCUGCCAAUGUCAAAAGUAUUAGGCCUAAAUUUUAAGUUUGAUUAUCAGACAUCAGCUGCUCCCAUUCUUCUAUGUCCUUGAGAUUAUUAUAAAUAUCACUAGUGUUUUUUUUUCAUAUUCUUUUUGUAGGUGCUGGCUGAGAAUGAAGAGGAAAAGGAAAUUAUCUCUUGAUGAAUUUGACACCUUGAAAACAUUGAAGGAUAUCACAAACCAUUUACCAAAAGAAAAAGAAGUGGAGGAUGCAAGAAAUUUCAAGGCCCCAGCAACAGCCAGAUGGAGAGACACAACAAAGUCUAACCGAAAUCAUCGUAAAGUUAAAGGCAAGAGGUAUGUAGAUAAGACCAGUAGAACAACGGUAGUAGAUGACUUGAGGAUGAACUGUUGCCCACUCCAUUGUAUGGAACAUUUGUCCUUUGAUCUGGUGUAUGACCUACGGACAUCAUUUUGGAACGAAGUUGUGACGGCCCAGAACUUGAAGAUUCAAGAGCAUCGACGUCAAGUUUCCAAGGAGAAAUGUGUAUUAAGUGGUCAUCUAGUGUGCACAGAAUGCUGGCGAAUUGUUCAUGGAGUGUCUAGGUCAAGGCAAGUAAUGCAUAUUUUGUUUCAAUAUUUUCAUUUUUGAUUGAAGUUUGCCCUUAGUCUGCCCAUAGCCUGUUAACUUUUCACGUUUUCAACUUUGUAGAAAAUAUUUUUUAAAAGAUAGGAAGGACAGUGGCAU